CUGAACCUCUUCGACAUCGUUCGCUGUUAUGAAGCGCGCGACUCAGGAAAGAACAAAAUCGGAAAAACAACAAUAUCCGAGGCACAACUUAUCGGGCGCGGCGCACGCUAUUUUCCCUUCGUCCUGCCUGAGCACACAGACCGGUUCCGCCGUAAGUUUGAUGAAGAUCUCGACCACGAAUUGCGCGUACUGGAAGAACUGCACUACCACAGCAUCCACGAUUCACGCUACAUCUCCGAAAUCCGUACCGCACUGAUUGACGAAGGUAUGAUGGACGAACGCCUUGAGACGCGCCAGCUCAAAUUGAAAGCCGAUUUCAAGGACACCGAUCUCUACAAACACGGCGUUGUCUGGCUUAACAAACAGGUCCCGAAAGAUUAUCAACACGUCCAGUCUUUUACGGACUUAGCGAAGUUAGAUGUGAAGCAGAAAAACUAUGAGCAUGCCAUCUAUACAGGUGCUGGAGGUGUAACGACUGUAAUGGAAAAUGCCGCGGUACCCGUCGCACAAGGAAACCAAAACAGUCGGGACAUAAAAGUAGUUGACAUCGAACUGAAUAUCGUCAGUCAAAUCGAAUCCGAAAUUCGUAAAGAGAUUACCGAAUAUCAAGGCACGAAACACUUUUAUGAGCAUCACAUCCGAGCUGUUUUCACCGACAAAACUCUGAAAUUCAGUGUGGAUACGCCGCGUGCUGAUGAUAGCGACACGGCGUAUCUCGUCAAAGUCAGCGACUGGUUCGCUUAUGACACCCUCUACGGCACGAGUGAAGAAAAAGCGUUUGUAGCGAUGUUAGACAGAUGGAUUCAGGAAUCAACCAAAACCUAUGAGGACAUCUAUCUGCUUCGCAACGAAGGGCAUUUCUCUAUUUAUAGUUUCUCCGAUGGCAGUCCCUUUCAACCCGACUUUGUGCUGUUCUUACGCGAGAAAAAUGGAGAGCCCCUAAGUUACCAACUCUUCAUUGAACCCAAAGGUGAAUAUCUCACAGAAACCGACCGAUGGAAAGAGAAGUUUCUGGCAGAAAUCCGUGCCGAAUACCACAGUAAAAUCCUGACGGAGAAUAGCAAAUACCGCGUCAUCGGUGUCCCAUCAUUCUAUCAUGAAAGAUACGAAAACCAAUUCAAAGAUGACCUCAAUGCGGCGUUGACAGAAACCGCUCAAACGUCAGAGCAAGAUGAUUGA